UCAGUCCAGUAGAAGCGUUCCGAAAGGGAGGAGGCGCAUCCAUCUCGUCAGAGAAACAGCCGUCGUUUGUGCAGUAGGAGACAUCGUCGCUUCUCUCCGUCUCCUUCUUCUUUUUCUCGAAGCAUCCACGUCCCUCAUCCGCUUCCAACAAUGCGUGAAAUUGUGCACCUGCAAGCCGGCCAGUGUGGGAACCAAAUCGGUGCCAAGUUCUGGGAGGUGAUCAGUGACGAGCACGGCAUCGAUCCCACCGGAACGUACCAUGGCGAUAGCGACCUGCAGCUGGACAGGAUCAGCGUCUACUACAACGAGGCUACAGGUGGGAAGUAUGUUCCCCGCGCCAUCCUGGUGGAUCUGGAGCCAGGGACCAUGGAUUCUGUCAGGUCUGGUCCCUUCGGUCAGAUCUUCAGACCUGACAACUUUGUCUUUGGUCAGAGCGGAGCCGGCAACAACUGGGCCAAGGGCCACUACACGGAGGGAGCCGAGCUGGUAGACUCGGUCAUGGACGUGGUGAGGAAGGAGGCAGAGAGCUGCGACUGCCUGCAGGGCUUUCAGCUCACGCACUCCCUGGGCGGCGGCACCGGCUCCGGCAUGGGCACGCUGCUCAUCAGCAAGAUCCGCGAAGAGUACCCGGACCGCAUCAUGAACACCUUCAGCGUGGUUCCCUCCCCCAAGGUGUCCGACACGGUGGUGGAGCCAUACAACGCCACUCUGUCGGUGCACCAGCUGGUGGAGAACACGGACGAGACGUACUGCAUUGACAACGAGGCUCUGUACGACAUCUGCUUCCGCACGCUGAAGUUGACCACGCCCACUUACGGCGAUCUCAACCACCUGGUGUCGGCCACCAUGAGCGGGGUCACGACCUGCUUGCGUUUCCCCGGCCAGCUCAACGCCGACCUGCGCAAACUGGCCGUAAACAUGGUGCCCUUCCCCCGCCUGCACUUCUUCAUGCCGGGUUUCGCCCCCCUCACCAGCAGGGGGAGCCAACAGUACCGCGCCCUCUCCGUACCCGAGCUCACCCAGCAGAUGUUCGACGCCAAGAACAUGAUGGCGGCGUGCGACCCGCGCCACGGCCGCUAUUUAACCGUCGCCGCCGUGUUCCGCGGCCGCAUGUCCAUGAAGGAGGUGGACGAGCAGAUGCUGAACGUGCAGAACAAGAACAGCAGCUACUUCGUGGAAUGGAUCCCCAACAACGUGAAGACGGCCGUGUGCGACAUCCCGCCGCGCGGCCUCAAGAUGGCCGCCACCUUCAUCGGCAACAGCACGGCCAUCCAGGAGCUAUUCAAGCGCAUCUCGGAGCAGUUCACCGCCAUGUUCCGCCGCAAGGCUUUCCUCCACUGGUACACGGGCGAGGGCAUGGACGAGAUGGAGUUCACCGAGGCCGAGAGCAACAUGAACGACCUGGUGUCCGAGUACCAGCAGUACCAGGACGCCACCGCCGAGGAGGGCGAGUUCGAAGAGGAGGGCGAGGAAGAGGGGGCCUAAAAACCCCCCGAACCCCUCCACCA